GCGGCGGAUUCAGUGAGCAUGAUGGUCGACCGCUUCAUCGAGAUGGGUUUCCCUGCAGAGAAGGUCCACAAGGCUCUCGAGCAUGCUGGAGGAAGACAAGACGAGGAAGCUAUCUUGGAGUGGCUGGUUGCACAUCAGGAGACUGAUCUAUCAACUGACAUAGAGGGGUUCAGCUCGUCAAGCGAGGGUGUUGAUAUGGCUGAUUUUGAUGAUAAGUCAUUAGGUGCAGAGCUCACGGAGAAGGACAGAAAAUUUCUAUUUCUCGUCGAGAUGGGCUUUGCAGAGGAUGAGGUCUCUUGGUGCAUCGACAUAUGUGGUGAACAUGAAUCGGUUGAAGUAUUAGCUGAUGCAAUCUAUGCUGCACAAGUAGAUAAAAGGGAUGGAAGUUAUGGCAGAAACUUUGCUGAUCGGGAGCUUUCAGCUGACAAGGCUAUUGGAACUUCAGGAGGUGUCAAAAGAAAGAAUGUCGGUGCUCCUUUCGGUGACAAAAGACGACAGCAUAGCAAGCACUUGGGACAGGUUGAUAGGGCCUUUGGUAGUGGACCGGUGGUGGGCUUUGAACUUCCAGAUGAAAGUACGAGCACAUCUAUUGCUGAAGGUCCACCGUACUACUACUUUGAGAGCCUGGCAUGUUCUCGACAAAGAGUCCGAGACGAGUCACCAUUUCUCUAUGGCAAACAAUCUGAGCUUGUAGACUCCAAACAUUUCUCUGUAGUAGCAAGGGAGAGAAGUUACAUUCACAAUCUGCCUAGACAUGGAAGAUUUCAUAUCAGCCCGACACAACCAAGAACAAUACAUGGUGUUUUUCCGGAGACGGAAAAGUGGUGGCCUAAAUGGGAUACUAGGACACAGCUGAACUGUUUCCGGACGAUGACUGCUCCUGCAACAGUAUUUAAGAAAAUGAGAUUGGUGCUUGCAAAAUGUGAUGACCACCAAGUUUACCGCAAGCAAAUCCUUGAUGCAUGCAGGGAAUGGAACCUCAUUUGGGUUGGCCCGAAAAAUGUUGCUGCACUAGACCCUGGUGAAGUGGAGAAGGUGUUGGGUUUGCCAAGAGAUCAUACCAGAGGGUUUAACAUGACAGAUAGGUAUUGGUGUCUUGGUAACUCUGUCCAGGUGGAUACACUGGCCUACCAUUUUUCGGUCCUAAAGACGAUGUUUCCUUCAGGCAUCCGUGUCCUGUCUCUAUUUUCUGGCAUAGGUGGAGCAGAAGUGGCUUUGGGCCGCUUAGGCAUACACUUGAAAGUGGUGGUUUCUACUGAGUUCUCUGAAAUGAACCGAAACAUUCUGAGGACCUGGUGGGAUCAGUCAAAACAAACUGGAGAGCUCAUUCAGAUUGAUGACUUCCAGCAACUCAAAGGCGAUUACCUUGAGACCUUGCUGAGACGAGUUGGUGGUUUUGAUCUGAUUAUAGGUGGAAGCCCAUGUAUCGGUGGAAAGGGAUACAACCUUGUAGGAAAGGAGUUGGAUCAGUCUAGCCUGUUCAGCCACUAUUCCCUCAUACUGGAACAAGUGAAGCAAUUCAUGAGAAGGAUGUAGCACCAGAUUUCGCUAUGUGAACAGUAAUGUUUCGGAUUAUGAAACAUUUCCAUCUGUAAAUGUUACUUUUCUGCAAAAAAAUAAUCCAAGUUAGCUUCUCCUUUAGGUUGCUUUGUUCAUCACAUUGUAACCAGCUUCCUUGGUGUUGUCUGUUGCUCUUGAUCUCACUGCAUGGUACACCGUGACCAGGCCCUUGAUGUAUU